GUCAUGGCGAUGAUGGCGGCCGGGACGGGCAAGUCCCGCCGGCGGCGCGCAGGAAAUAAGCAUUCAGCUGCUCAGAAAAAUGAAGAUGCUGCUCAAAGGAAAGCAGCUCUGGAGGCUGCACUGAGAAAGAAGAUUGAAUGUGAGAAAAAAGCACUGUCUAUUGUUGAACAGCUCCUGGAAGAGGACAUUACUGAAGAGUUCCUUCUAAAUUGUGGAAAGUGUAUUACUCCAUCUCACUAUAAAGAUGUUGUUGAUGAAAGGUCUAUCAUCAAACUGUGUGGUUAUCCUCUAUGUCAGAAAAAACUGGAAAACGUGCCAAAGCAGAAGUACAGAAUUUCAACAAAAACGAACAGAGUUUAUGAUAUCACUGAGAGGAAGUGCUUUUGCAGCAACUUUUGCUAUAAAGCAUCUAAAUAUUUUGAAGCUCAAAUUUCCAAAAGUCCAGUAUGGAUGAGAGAAGAAGAAAAACCACCAGACAUAGAGCUGCUGAAGGAGGGACGGAGUGGACAGUCUGGAGAGGAGGUGACACUACGUGAUGAAGUAAUUAAAGCAUCUGAUAUUGAAAAUCCUAGGAUAUCUUCAGAUCCAUGUGAAUCUGGUUCUCAUGACACAGCCAGUGACAGCAGUACUGAUACUGAACAAGGAUUUAUUUCUUCUGUCCUACCAGGAAGUCAGUCAAGUUCAGCCAAUUUUGCACAACAAUUGCACAGAAAAAGCAUCCUCAAAAAGAAGCAUGCUCAGAAGGUCCAUGCCAGCCCUAAAACUGAAGAUGCAAAUGUGGUAGAAGCCACUGAACAGCUCUCUCAUUGUAAGUUAGACACUCAGGAAGAAAGACAUGGUUGCUCUGUUCAUAAUGAAGCAACUGCACCAACUUCAAACAAUACUGCUCCUGGGAAAGCUAUUGCUUCAGAAAUCUUUGAAAAUAGAUGUGGAUCACAGAUAGUUUUUCUAGGUGUGAGCAAAAGAGGAGCAGAACAUCUUAAAAGAACACUAGCUAACUCAACAGAACAUAAAAGCCCUGAACUGAGGUAUCCAGUUAAUUCCAAAGGCAGUUUGCUAGAAGUGCUUAGGCAAACACUUAUGGAAUGGAGAACUGAGGAAACUUUAAAAUUUCUCUAUGGCCCAAACUAUAUUUCUUUGUGCCCGUCAGAGCGCAUAUCAUCUGUCAACCAGGAGACUGAAGAACUUGAUGAGGAUGACUUAGAUACAGCUGAUGAUCUUGACACUGUUGCUGUAGGGGAGUCUGAGAACAGUUUGAACUACUCUUUACCUUUCACAGGCUCAGGUGGAAUAGUUAAGCCUGUGCCUAGUUAUGAAAAGUUAAAAGAAGAAACAGAGUUCCUAGAACUGCGAGUAAAGGAGUUCUAUAAAGGAAGGUGCAUCUUGGCUGAAGAGGCAGCAACACCAGCACAGGCAGGGGAACAUGCAAGCAAAGACAAAGAUGAUCUACAGGAAGAUAUCACCUUCCCUCUUGUUGAUUCAAGUGCACAAAUGCAGAUUAGGAAGCGAAUUGUCCUUGAAAAACUGAGAAAAGCAUUAUCUGCAGUUUCAGGCCCUCUUCAGAUUGCUUCAGGUGAUGUUUACACAGAGCUAAAAAAUCUUGUCAAAACUUUCCGGUUAACAAACAGAAAUAUUAUUCACAAAAUGCCUGAAUGGACUCUCAUUGCUAUUGUUUUGUUAUCUGUAUUGUCACAAACAACUCCACUUUUCAAGAAUGCUCAGACAAGCCCAGUGUACACACAGUUCCUGACCACAUUACUGGAAGAACUGCAUUUCAAAACUGAAGAUCUGGAAAGUUUGACAAGAAUAUUUAGAAUGGACUGACACGGACAACUGGAAUGGUCAAUCAACUUCAAACUAUUCUGUGUAUCUUAAAACCAAGCUGGUUAACCAUGGGUUUAAUUUUCAGCAUUUUGUAAGUAUGUACAGUAACUACAGAUUGUAUCAGCUGGAGGAGAAAAUGUGUGAAGCACAUUUUAAAGUAAAGAAAUAUGAAUGGUAUGGAAAUGAGUGUCAUCAUUUUGUCACUUACAGUAAAUGCCAGCUGCUUACUUAUCACACUAAUCUUUUGAUAAUGUAUGGUUGGUUUACUGCAAUUUUGAGAGGAAUUUUUGCUACCACAAUUUACUAAAAAAAUAAAAUUCUGUGUGGCUACAAUGGCUAGGACUCAGCAGGGAUUUUUUAAUUAUUACAUUGAAAUUGUUAUGUUCAGUUUUUGUGAUAUAAAAUUGAGUUA